AUGUCCAGAUAUCUCAGAAUCAUCAGCCUACUCUUCUUCGCCCUCGCCACGGCGCCCGUGGAGGCCGUCGUGUACUACGGGGGCUAUGGCUACGGAGAAGACGGAUUCCAGGCGUACGGCGGCGCCGCCGUCGUCGUUCGCCCAAGAGCUAGACGACGAGUCCGAUACUACGGCAGAAAACUUUUACAACAAGACUCGGAAUGUCAAACGAUGUUGGAUGUCAUCGAAACUGUACCGAUGUUAUCGGCGCUGAAAGAAGCCAUCUCCGAUCUACCGAGAAUUCGAGACGCGCUGAACAAUCGAACGGCGACGGAUACCUUUUUUGCGCCGUCAAACAAAGCCAUCGAAUCUUUCACGAGCUGGGGCGGCUACGACGAUUUCCGAACGGGACUGGAAGACAUGUUCUCGAAUGACGAGCUCAAGGCUCUCAUCGUGGCGUAUCACGCCGUUCCCGACGAGAGCUUGAAAUGGGGCCAGCUUCGCGCCGAGGCGGCCAAGGGUGAAUUCUUGCCUACGGUGCUUUCAAAGAUUUUCAGCAACUCAUCCGCCGCCCUCGAGGUGUCGUCGUUCAAAGGUGACAUCUUCAUCAAAGGCAUCGGCAGUGAAGCGAAGAUUGUAGCCGCGGACAUUCGGGCCUGCGGGAGCAUUGUCCACGUCAUCGACGGCGUCUUACUUCCCAUCGACGGCGACGGUGAGCUCACGGACGAACAGAAGGCUCGAAUCGAGGCCGCUCGCGAAGCGUUGGCUGAAAAGAACGAGGACAUGGGCGACGACUACGAUGAAGCGGAGGCGCCGGCCUUAGCUCCGGAACCGGCGCCCGCGCCCGCGCCCGCGCCAGAUUCGUUCGAAGACAUCGAGCUCGAUGUACUCGACAUCGAUUACCCGAUCGACACGGAACCGUACGGCGAAGCCGACGCUCCGGCUCCAGCACCGACGCCGAACGAAUGA